GUACAAUCCUCUGGGAAAUUUUGAAUCAUGAUCUUUGACAGAAUUAAAAAUGCUCCUGGAAGAAUGGUUGAAGGAAUAAUGAACAAAAUCAAAAGGAAAAGAAGAAAAUAUAGUUUUAAUGCAAAAAAUGUAUCAGAAAAUACAGAUUCAGUAGCGUCAGAAAGGAAAACAGCAAGAGGACCAAAUUGCUUAGGAAAGAGACAUAUUGUAGCAAUGCUAGGAUUUUUUAAUUGCUUUUUUAUAAAUGCAAACAGGUCGGUUGUUAGUGUCUCCAUUGUGGCGAUGGUAAAACACAUACAACCAAAUGAAACUUUCCAUCUCAACAACCGUGAAGUUUCUUGCCCAUUUCCAUCAGCCUCUGAAAAUACCAUUGAAGGACCAACAUACCAAGGUGAUUUUGACUGGAAUUCGGAGAUGCAGGGCUACAUAUUAGGAGUUAGCUACGGAGGAUACAUGUUCACUCAGAUACCUGGUGGCAAACUUGCGGACAUUAUAGGAUCAAAAAUUCUUUUAGCAGCAUCCAACGCUGCCAUUGGCGUACUGACAAUAAUCACCCCUUUUGCAGCUUCGUGGAAUAUCUAUGCAUUGAUUGUCGUUAAUUUGCUGCGAAGUGCAUUACAGGGCUUUGUCAUCCCAGCUAUGUUUAGAAUGGCAUCCAACUGGUUUCCAAGCAAGGAGAGAGGUUUUCUUUCAACAUUAGUGGUAUGUGGGUACGGCUUUGGAGUCGCAGCUACUGGUAUAUUAACUGGUUGGCUAUGCGACACUCCUCAUUUACGUUGGCCAUCCGCAUUUUAUUUCUGGGGGUCAACUACACUGAUAUUGGCUGCUGCAUUUGCUUUUCUGCUGCAUGAACAUCCUCAAGAUCAUCCAACAAUAACAGAAGAAGAAUUGAAGUACAUAACGGAUGGACAAGAAAUGGAUCUCUCUGAAAAAACCCCUUCGACGCCCUGGAAAAAGAUGCUCACAUCUCCUGCUAGCUAUGCUUACUUUUUUGGAUUAUUUGGUCAUUACUGGUCAAUUGCAUAUUUUCUAAUCGUCCAUCCAACGUUUAUGGGUACAGUUUUACAUUUCACCAUGACAGAGAAUGGAUUAUCCUCUUGCGGACCAGUUUUGAUGAAAAGCAUUGGUGGUAUCAUCGCGAGCUUUUUAUCUAACUGGGUGACAAAGAAAAAUUUCAUUAGCAUUGAUAAACUCAGGAAAGGAUUUACGCUCUUUGGAGCUUUUGGUUUCGCUAUCUGCAUGAUAGGAAUGGGGCUGGCCGGAUGCAACGCUACCAUCAGCAUACUCCUGUUUUCGUUAUCCUUGUUUACAUCAGGAAUGGCUCUUUCUGGAGUCAUGAUCUCAGGCAUGGACAUGGCACCCGUACAUGCAGGCGCUCUCAUGGGCAUUGCAUGCACCAUUGCUGGGUUAUCAUCACUUAUUAUUCCACUCUUAACAGGAUUUUUAACCACCCAUGAAGCUCUUUCUGAGUGGAAAAAGGUCUUCUGGAUAUCGUCUGCCAUCGUGGGACUCAGUGGCGUCGUCUACGCCGCUUUUGGAUCUGCAGAAGUUCAAGCUUGGAAUUUUCCUGGUGGAAAGUUUCCUGAAAAGUUAGAAGAAGAUAAAGGAAAAGGAAAAGCUGAAAAUAAAUCCACAGAGCCUUAAGAAAGUUUUCAAUGGCUUUAUUUAUGUACAAAUAUGU